UUUGCAGAUCGUCUGAGCCUCUGGGCGGCCGUGGCGCCCUCCAGAGGGUCUCCAUGGAAACCGCCGGGACAACACAGGAACGCUUCGGAACCGCGGCUCAGUCCGGAGCGGGUGCGAAUCGGAGAUUUCGCCGAUGUAUACUGCUCUCCUGUUUUUAAAUGAACAUUUCCGAGAUGGAGUUGAUGGUCGUUUCCUUCCAACCCGGGAGCUGAGGGUAGCCGAGUAUGAUAUUUAAUCCUAUCGCUAACGUUAAAGUGGCAGCGAGCAGGGGAACCAUGGCGGAUUGGAAACGCUAACAGUAUACCCCAUUAAUCGCUACAGCCCUUGUACAUAAUUGACUGCACAGGUGAUGCUGUGAUAAGGCUACGAAAUCUCUGCAGAUUAGAUGUUUACAUCUGUAAAGAUGCCGAUAUUGAAGAUACCCAUUGUGCACAGAUUUGGGAUAAUUUCCCAAAAUGAUCACUUACUGCUUGAAGCUAGACUUGCAGAAAUGGCUCAAGAAACCUUGAAGUCUUGCUAUUCAAAGGAUGUCUCAAAAAAACCCCUCUUUGAAGUCACAGAACAAUUUGUCCAGGAGUUUAAGUGUGCAAAAAAGCAAAAAGAAAAGGAACAAAUGAUUGAUAUGGCUAAAAAAAUGCUCACCAGAAAUAAGCGCAAAGCUGGUCUGACUACACUGGGUUCAGGAGAUCAUGUAAAUCUACCAGUAGCUUGGACAGAGCUAGCUUUGCUGGUUCAAUGUAAAGGGGAAAUUCAAGAAGAAGCUUUGGACAUUCUCUUGGUUUCUUUGGACCAUGCACCAUUGCAUCCAGACCAGAUUCCAGUUUUGUUCUUCCUAGCAGAGUCAGUCUUGUAUUGGAUUUGUACUGAUGCGGUGAAGCAAUCAUAUCUCUACACUUGUGAAGUCAAGAUAAUAAAGGUUGGAUUUUUCACAUUUCUAAGAUUGUUUAUCUUUCAUCUUGCUGGACUUGUAGGACCUUUUGAGCAAUGUAAAUAUCGUCUUCAUGAUUACUUAAAAGGUCUCCCAGAGUGUGAAGCCUGUUAUCGAUCCUAUCCAAGUGUUUUGCUGGAUGUUAACUUCAUCAUUAGCACAGGAGAAAUAAUCUGUGGCUCUCUGAUAUCAGCUGAAGAACAUGCUCAUGGUAUCUUGGAUGAGGAACCAAACAAAAUUUGCUGUGACCAGUUAAGAAGAGAUUGUCAGUCUCCUCAGCAAGUGGAUGAGUUUAGACAGAAAAAAUGUAACAUCAGCCCUGUGCUAAAGGAAUGCCUUAUGGUUUGGAUUUGUGUGAAGCAUAAGAUGCAACUCUUGGAUGACGUUCUGAAGCAUCUUCUCCUAAAGGAACAACUCUGUAAGGCUAAUUGGAUUGAUUCUGCGCUUGGUUUGCUGCUCCUUAGUGAAGCAGCCAAGAUAAACAUGGCUUGUUUGAAAGCUUUGAAAGAGCUGGGUAUAAAUCAUAUAACACAUUUUAGUGUUCACAAUUUAAAGCAGGAAAAUGUGAGCACAGAUCUGCAUGUUUGGCCCUUGCAGCUAAAUCAGCUGUAUUGUUGUAUAUUAGGAGACAUCUGUCUCAAUGGCAGUACUCCAGAAAUCCAAAAGGCUGCUCUAAUUGGGUGUGAUGUUUCAUCAAAGUCACCCAACAGGACCAAUACACCAGGAUUACUUGAACUUCUACAAAUCCAGCCAGCAGCAACACCAGAAGAUGAUCACAGCAGUUGCUGGUGGGUUCGCUAUGGAGCAGCAUACAGUUUAGGAAAAGUCUGUCAUAUUCUUUAUGGUGACAGAAAUCGAGAGGGAUUAAGGAAUGCUGCAUGGAAAGCUCUGCAGAAGCAUCAAAGCUUGGAGCAAGACACUCGAGUGCAUGCAGCCAUUAAAGUUGCUGAGGCAGAAUUAAAUGGUCCAAUAAAUCCUUUCAUUAAUACAAGUUCUAAGACUUCAUCCCUCAAGCGCUCAGUAGCAUUUUGCUCUCUGGGUUGGCGAAUAGCAAAUGUUCUGUCUCAGCUUUGCCUGCCUCCAGUGGUUCCUUAUAUUCCUUUGCCUCGAUUGCUGCCACAAAGGCCCAUUCAGAUCAGAACUCCACUUCAGAAAAAAAUGAAUGUCAACAAAAAAAUAGGACGUCUUUCCCUCAGGCAAGAAAUAAUGUUGGCACAAGCGGGUCGUAGAUCAUUACCCGAUUUCAAUAGCCGCACAAACUUUGAUCUGCGAAGAAUAGUUGAAGAUCAGUGGAGAAAAGAGCUGUGUUUUAAAUUGGAAGAAGAUGAAAAGAACAGGGAGCUACAAUUACAAGAAAAACAGAUAAAGGAUGCACAAGAUUUCAAUGCAUUGAUGAAGAGGAAGGAAGAGACACUUGAAAAAAAUAUCAAAUGCACAUAAAAUGUCUGUUUGAUGGGAAAUCUCAAGGGGAACAGGGUAUGCCCAAGCUAUUCAUCAUGAUGUUAGAGAGGCAACAUUUCAUUACAUGAUGGAGCAGUGUCAUUAUAUGGAAAUGCUUAUUCACGCUCUCUGAAAUUUUCUUGACAUUCUGUUAGAAUUCAU